AUGGGGCCACCAACAUUACAGAUGAGGAAACCGACUACACAUCAUGGAAAUGAGGAAACCGGCCACAGUUCACAGAAGUCUGAAAGACCAAAAGAUGUCACACUAACACAUGGGGCGACAAACAUUACAGAUGAGGAAACCGACUACACAUCACAGAAGUCUGAAAGACCAAAAGAUGUCACACUAACACAUGGGGCCACAAACAUUACAGAUGAGGAAACUGACUACACACCACAGAAGUCUAAAAGACCAAAAGAUGUCACACUAACACAUGGGGCCACAAACGUUACAGAUGAGGAAACCGACUACACAUCACAGAAGUCUGAAGGACCAAAAGAUGUCACACUAACACAUGGGGCCACAAACAUUACAGAUGAGGAAACUGACUACACACCACAGAAGUCUGAAAGACCAAAAGAUGUCACACUAACACAUGGGGCCACCAACAUUAGAGAUGAGGAAACCGACUACACAUCACAGAAGUCUGAAAGACCAAAAGAUGUCACACUAACACAUGGGGCCACCAACAUUGCAGAUGAGGAAACCGACUACACAUCAUGGAAGUCUGAAAGACCAAAAGAUGUCACACUCACCCAUGGGGCUACAAACAUUAAAGAUGAGGAAACUGACUACACACCACAGAAGUCUGAAAGACCAAAAGAUGUCACACUAACACAUGGGGCCACAAACAUUACAGAUGAGGAAACCGACUACACAAUACAGAAGUCCGAAAGACCAAAAGAUGUCACACUAACACAUGGGGCCACAAACAUUACAGAUGAGGAAACCGACUACACACCACAGAAGUCUGAAAGGCCAAAAGAUGUCACACUAACACAUGGGGCCACUAACAUUACAGAUGAGGAAACCGACUACACAUUACAGAAGUCUGAAAGACCAAAAGAUGUCACACUAACACAUUGGGCCACAAACAUUUCAGAUGAGGAAACCGACUACACACCACAGAAGUCUGAAAGACCAAAAGAUGUCACACUAACACAUGGGGCCACAAACAUUACAGAUGAGAAAAACGACUACACACCACAGAAGUCUGAAAGACCAAAAGAUGUCACACUAACACAUGGGGCCACAAAUAUUACAGAUGAGGAAACUGACUACUCAUCACAGAACAUUACAGAUGAGGAAACCGACUACACAACACAGAAGUCUAAAAGACCAAAAGAUGUCACACUAACACAUGGGGCCACAAACAUUACAGAUGAGGAAACUGACUACACAUCACAGAAGUCUGAAAGACCAAAAGAUGUCACACUAACACAUGGGGCCACAAACAUUACAGAUGAGGAAACCGACUACACAUCACAGAAGUCUGAAAGACCAAAAGAUGUCACACUAACACAUGGGGCCACAAACAUUACAGAUGAGGAAACUGACUACACAUCACAGAAGUCUGAAAGACCAAAAGAUGUCACACUAACACAUGGGGCCACAAGCAUUACAGGUGAGGAAACCGACUACACAUCACAGAAGUCUGAAAGGCCAAAAGAUGUCACACUAACACAUGGGGCCACAAGCAUUACAGAUGAGGAAACUGACUACACAUCACAGAAGUCUGAAAGACCAAAAUAUGUCACACUAACACAUGGGGCCACAAACAUUACUGAUGAGAAAACCGACUACACACCACAGAAGUCUGAAGGACCAAAAUAUGUCACACUAACACAUGGGGCCACCAACAUUAGAGAUGAGGAAACCGACUACACAUCACAGAAGUCUGAAAGACCAAAAGAUGUCACACUAACACAUGGGGCCACAAACAUUACAGAUGAGAAAACUGACUACACAUCACAGAAGUCUGAAAGACCAAAAGAUAUCACACUAACACAUGGGGCCACAAACAUUACAGAUGAGGAAACUGACUACACAUCACAGAAGUCUGAAAGACCAAAAGAUGUCACACUAACACAUGGGGCCACAAACAUUACAGAUGAGGAAACUGACUACACAUCACAGAAGUCUGAAACACCAAAAGAUGUCACACUAACACAUGGGGCCACAAACAUUACAGAUGAGGAAACUGACUACACAUCACAGAAGUCUGAAAGACCAAAAGAUGUCACACUAACACAUGGGGCCACAAACAUUACAGAUGAGGAAACCGACUACACAUCACAGAAGUCUGAAAGACCAAAAGAUGUCACACUAACACAUGGGGCCACAAACAUUACAGAUGAGGAAACUGACUACACAUCUCAGAAGUCUGAAAGACCAAAAGAUGUCACACUAACACAUGGUGCCACAAACAUUACAGAUGAGAAAACUGACUACGCACCACAGAAGUCUGAAAGACCAAAAGAUGUCACACUAACACAUGGGGCCACAAACAUUACAGAUGAGGAAACUGACUACACAUCACAGAAGUCUGAAAGACCAAAAGAUGUCACACUAACACAUGGGGCCACAAACAUUACAGAUGAGGAAACUGACUACACAUCACAGAAGUCUGAAAGACCAAAAGAUGUCACACUAACACAUGGGGCCACAAACAUUACAGAUGAGGAAACCGACUACACACCACAGAAGUCUGAAAGGCCAAAAGAUGUCACACUAACACAUGGGGCCACAAACAUUACAGAUGAUGAAACCGACUACACACCACAGAAGUCUGAAAGACCAAAAGAUGUCACACUAACACAUGGGGCCACAAACAUUACAGUCGAGAAAACCGACUACACAUCACAGAAGUCUGAAAGACCAAAAGAUGUUACACUAACACAUGGGGCCACAAACAUUACAGAUGAAGAAACCGACUACACAUCACAGAAGUCUGAAUGA